AUGUGGACGCACAGAGGGAUGCCUGAAGACAUUCACCACUUCAGAGAACCAUCCCGACCUGUAUCCUAUAUGGAGUUUGGGAACAAGAGAAGGUUGAGUGGAUUAAGGAUGCUGACGGCAAAUUGCAGGGUCCCCAGUCUCCAGGUUAUUCUUGUGGUCCCCAUUCUCAUGACUAUGGGUGUGGCUACCAUGGACAACCAAGUCCUUCACGAACUUGAGAGGGAACCAGCCUACUGGGAUGCUCAGGCAAGGGAAACACUGGAUGCUGCACUGAAACUUCGUCCUCGCGAGCACAGGGCAAAGAACAUCAUCUUGUUUCUUGGUGAUGGAAUGGGGGUGUCCACAGUGUCAGCAGCUCGAAUCCUACGUGGUCAGAUGGAGGGCGCGUCUGGCGAAGAAACAAUGCUUGCCAUGGACACAUUUCCAUAUGUGGCCCUCUCUAAGACCUACAGUGUGGAUAAACAGGUAGCAGACAGCGCCAGCACUGCUACUGCUUACCACUGCGGGGUGAAGGCCAACGCCAAGACAGUAGGACUCAGUGCUAAUGCAGUGGCCUACGAAUGUAAUACCACCUUUGGCAAUGAGGUCUUCUCAGUACUCCGACGGGCUAAAGCACAAGGUAAAUCAGUAGGUAUAGUGACGACCACCCGAGUCCAGCACGCCUCCCCGGCUGCUGCCUACGCCCACUCUGUCAGCCGCAGUUGGUACAGCGAUGCAGAUCUUCCCGCCGAUGCCCACGAACAGGGCUGCGUGGAUAUUGCCACCCAGAUGGUCACCAACGUUGAUAUUGAUGUGAUUUUGGGGGGCGGCAGGAUGUACAUGACACCUAAAGGUACUCCAGACCCAGAGUAUCCUACCUCGAACUCUCGCAAGGGGGACCGCAAAGACAAGAGAAACCUUAUUGAUGUGUGGUUAAAGGCCAAGCCGAGCAAGAAAUCAUACUAUGUUUGGCACAGGAAGGACUUUGACGAAAUUAAUGUCAAAACUACUGAUCGUCUUAUGGGUCUUUUCGAGCCCAAGGACAUGAGAUUUGAGGUGUUCCGGAAUAAUACCCGCGAUCCAUCUAUUGUGGAGAUGACUGAAAAGGCCAUUCAAAUCCUCAGAAAGAACCCGAAGGGAUACUUCUUGUUUGUGGAAGGUGGGAGAAUUGAUCAUGGACAUCAUGAUGGCAUUGCCAAACUGGCACUGACAGAAACUGUGAUGUUUGAUCGGGCCAUUCAGCGUGCCGCAGAGCUCACCAGAGAAACUGACACGCUGACUGUCGUCACCGCUGACCACUCUCAUGUCUUUACGUUUGGAGGCAACACGCCACGAGGAAAUCCCAUUUUUGGUCUUGCACCAAAGAAAGCUGAUGAUAAAAUGCCUUUUACCAGCAUCCUCUAUGCCAAUGGCCCUGGUUAUGUACAUGUAAAUGGAACCAGAGGAAACAUCACAUUAGUGGAUUAUUACGACGAGGAAUACAUGCAGCAGUCUGCUGUCCCAUUGGAUGCUGAGACACACGGAGGAGAAGAUGUUGCCAUCUACGCUAAAGGCCCAAUGGCUCACCUUUUUCACGGGGUGAAAGAGCAAAACUAUGUGGCGCACGUGAUGGCCUACGCUGCCUUGCAGCUGACUUCAUGCAUUUCAGAAGAAGAACUCCAUGCAGAUUACUGGAACAAUAAAGCCAGGCAGGCUCUUCACAUGGCCAUGAAUAAUCAGCGAAAUGUGAACCAAGCAAAGAACCUCAUCCUCUUCCUUGGUGAUGGUAUGGGUAUAACCACAGUGACUGCUGCUCGAAUUCUCAAAGGCCAGUUAGCUGGACAGUCUGGAGAGGAGAGCAGUUUGGUCAUGGAUACUUUUCCUCAUGUUGCUCUCUCAAAGACAUACAACGUGAACCAGCAGAUGCCCGACAGUGCUGGAACAGCCACAGCAUACUUAUGUGGAGUGAAAGCAAACUAUGGGACUGUGGGCGUCACUGCGUCCACCCCGAGGACCAACUGUAGCGCCACCUAUGGAAAUGAAGUGGAAUCUAUUCUACACCGUGCCAAGAAAGCAGGGAAAUCAGUUGGAAUUGUCACAACAACCAGAGUUCAGCAUGCGUCGCCUUCUGCAAGUUAUGCUCACUCAGCUGACAGAAGCUGGUACUCUGACUCUGAUCUAACCCCUGAAGCUAUCCAAAACGGCUGCCGUGACAUUGCUUACCAACUCAUCCACAACACAGAGAUCGAUGUUAUUCUUGGUGGAGGUCGUCAGUAUAUGUUUCCCAAAGCCAUGCAAGACACUGAGUAUCCAAAGGAGAACGGAACUAGGGAUGAUGGAAAAAAUCUCAUUGUGGAGUGGGCAAAGAACAAAACGAGAGCUAAAUAUGUUUGGAACAAAGCUGAUUUUGAUGCUGUCAAUCCGCAACGGACAGACUUCCUUCUGGGCCUGUUUGAACCAAAGGACUGCCGUUAUGAGCUGGAACGUAAUCCCGCCACAGAUCCUUCACUUACAGAGAUGACAGAGAAAGCUAUUCAAAUUCUCAGAAAGAACCCCAAUGGAUUUUUCCUCUUUGUGGAAGAUAACGGGAGAAUUGACCAUGGCCACCAUGCUGGCCAAGCAAAAAAGGCCCUGUAUGAAGCUGUGGAGUUUGACCGGGCAAUUGGACGAGCAGCCGAACUCACAAGUGAAAUGGACACUCUAUCUGUUGUCACUGCUGACCACUCCCAUGUGUUUGCUUUCGGAGGAUAUUCUGCAAGAGGAAACCCUGUUCUAGGGGUGUCAAGAUCAUUGGCAAACGAUAGUAAGCAUUUUACCACUGCUGUGUAUGGCAAUGGACCAGGAUAUCAGCUGCAGACUGGGACUCGCCCAGAUGUGAAUGAGUCCCUUUCAUCAAGCUCUGGCUACCUCCAGCAGGCUCCUGUACCUCUAGAGUCAGAGACCCAUGGAAUAGAAGAUGUGGCCAUCUUUGCAAAAGGUCCAAUGUCACACCUUUUUCAUGGUGUUCAGGAACAGAGCUACAUUCCUCACGUCAUGGCAUACGCUGCCUGCAUAGAGCCCUACACAGAAUGCAAACUCCCCCCUCCAAACUCUGCUGUAACAUUUUACCCCAGCCUACUGCUCCUUUCAAUGGCCCUCUUCCUUACCCUCUACUAUAGCUGAGAUGUCUGUCCCAGGAUGAUUAAUACUUAUUCUGUAAAAAAGACUGUGAUAUGUUUAAUUUGUUUAGAAAAUUCAUUAUUAUUUAACAUUGUGCUGUAUGGAAAUCAGUAUUGUAUAUUAACACAACUUCUACAUCAGUACAAUGUUGAUGUUAAUGUUUGCAUAUUCAAUAAACAAUGUAAGGUAAAGCAUUAGUAUUAUUUCUAUAUGAAGCCUUGACUUUCAACACUAUGUUAAUCAUAUCUAUUUCAAACUGGUUAUGAUUCAUUUAUUAAAAUAUUUUGAAUAAACUAUUGCCCCCAAGUAUGGGCUCAC